AUGGAGAGCUCCCGCCUGCUGCCGCUCCUGGGCGCCGCCCUGCUGCUGCUGCUGCUGCUGCCGCCUCUGCUGGGCGUCCGUGCCCAGGAGGACGCCGAGCUCCAGCCCCGAGCCCUGGACAUCUACACCGCCGGGGAGGAUGCUUCUCACGAGAAGGAGCUGCCAAGGCGGCAACUUCGGGCUCCCGGCGCUGUGUUGCAGAUCGAAGCGCUCCAGGAAGUCCUGAAGAAACUCAAGAGUAAACGCAUUCCCAUCUAUGAGAAGAAGUACGGCCAGGUCCCCAUGUGCGAUGCAGGAGAGCAGUGCGCUGUGAGGAAAGGAGCGAGGAUCGGGAAGCUGUGUGACUGUCCCCGAGGAACCUCCUGCAAUUCCUUCCUCUUGAAGUGCUUAUGAAGGGCCAUCCCCCUCCUCCACGCGUCCCCUUCUUUCCCUAGAGGACCGCACCGUUAUCCCUGGAGCCUGGCUUUAGCAACAAUAAAGUUGUGCAUUUCCCUCCUAGGGUGAAGGGGCUCUCCCUCCCCUCCCCCGCUGUUUCAAAAAUAAAAGAACACAUUUGCUGUUUCCUGUGGAGGAUAAUGCCUUGUAUGGUGUUGUUGACACGUGUGCAAAGUAUUCUUUUCUCAUUUUGUUUGGUAUUCUUUCCUUAUUUUAUUUGUCUGACAAACUCUUGUGAGCAGUUGUGUAAAGACGAGGAACUUCGCUUUGAAAACUGUAUUUUUGUACGUGGCAUGGCCGAAUGGAAAUUAGACCUAGUUCAUCUUGGGGUAGGCAGAUGACAUCACAACCCGGAAAACAAAGCACCCCAGGCGACACAAUGGGAGCAUGGAUAAAUUAUACAGAAUAAAGUGCUUUUGAUAAUUGCUCACAGUGCAUGGCUGUAUCUACAAAAGUAACUGGAAGAAUGGGAUUCAUCAUGCUGUUGUUUUCAAAGAGAAAUAUUUUUAAAAUAGCUGUCUACUGGGAGAAUAGCACCUUAGCUCCAAGGAGCCUUGAGCAUUAAUUAGGAGUUUGCCACGCUAGCUUCAGUAUACUCUUUCUUUUUCUUUGACUGCAGUGGUGUGUGUGUGUGUGUGUGUGUGCAUGUGUGUGUGUGCACGUGCUCAGGGAAGGAGCCAGAAAGAAGGAAGGAGAUGGUUAGAUGAUACGAUAAAGUUUUGUUCAUUUAAAUUUCUAGCUAGACUACUUAGUUUUAGCAGUGAGCUUAGCCAGAGACACUGGCAUAUCGGUGUUUAUUGAAGUACUAUUCACAAUAGCCAAGAAGUGGAACCAGCUUAGAUAUCCAUCAACAGACGGAUGGAUAAAGAAAAUAUGGUACCUAUACACAAUGGAUCUGUA